AUGGAAAACAAGCUAUUGCUUUGUAUUUUAUUAUUGAUUCCGGCCUUUGCAUCCUCAGACUUUUUGCUAACACAUGUCAGAAACAUCAAGAAGCGAAGUGCUGAUAAUGAUUUGGUUGUCAAUGGGAUAGAAAUCUAUAGCAUGAAAAUUGAUAGUAAAGUAACUUCCAGGUUUGCACACAAUGUCAUCACCAGUCGAGCUGUCAAUCAAGGAAAUGUGUCCAAAGAAGUCUUCUUUGAUGUUGAACUCCCUAAGACAGCCUUCAUUACCAAAUUCAGCAUGACAAUUGAUGGUGUCACCUAUCCUGGAACUAUAAAGGAAAAAGAAGCUGCAAAAAAGCAAUAUGAGAAGGCUGUUUCAAGAGGACAGACUGCUGGUCUUGUCAGAGCUUCAGGAAGAAAAACAGAAAAAUUCACUGUUUCAGUCAACAUUAAAGCAGCCAGUAAAGUCACUUUUGAACUCACAUACGAGGAACUGCUGAAGCGACAGUUUGGAAAAUAUGAAAUGUUCAUCAAAGUAAAACCAAAGCAGCUUGUCAAAGAUUUUGAGAUUGAAGUAGAUAUCUUUGAGCCCCAGGGUAUCGCUGAGCUGGAAGCAGAAGGAACAUUCAUCACCAAUGAGCUGCAAAAUAUCAUUAAAAAAACCUUUUCAGGAAAAAAGGGCCAUAUCUCUUUCAAGCCAACUCUCGAUCAGCAGCGAACCUGUGCAAAUUGCUCACAGUCUGCCUUGGACGGGGAUUUUACUGUAAGAUAUGAUGUGAAGAGAACAACUCCAGAUAAUCUGCAGAUUGUCAAUGGCUACUUUGUGCACUUCUUCGCACCAACAAAUCUUCCAAAGUUGUCCAAGAAUAUUAUUUUUGUAUUGGAUACUAGUGGCUCAAUGUAUGGAAGAGAAAUGGAACAAACAAAAGAAGCACUGCUAAAAAUCCUAGAUGACAUUAAAGAAGAUGACUUCUUCAAUUUCAUAUUAUUUGAUAGUGAAAUAUCUACCUGGAAAGAAACAUUAAUUAAGGCCACUCCUGAGAAUCUGGAUGAAGCGAGGAAAUUUGUUCAGCACAUUUCUGCUCAAGGCAUGACAAAUUUACAUGGUGGUUUGAUGAGAGGAAUUGAUAUCCUGAAUGCUGCUCAUGAACAAAACCUUGUGCCCAAGAGAAGUGCUUCUAUAAUUAUCAUGUUAACAGAUGGCCAACCAAAUGUAGGUGUAUCAAAUACUCAUGAGAUUGAGAAAGCAGUGAAGAAGGCCAUUGAUGGCAGAUACACCUUAUACAAUCUUGGUUUUGGCAGUGGUGUUGAUUAUGGCUUCUUGGAGAAGAUGGCACUGGAGAAUAAAGGAUUGGCCCGUCGGAUUUAUCCUGACUCUGAUGCAGCUUUGCAGCUUCAGGGGUUUUAUGAUGAGGUGUCAAAUCCCAUGCUCAUAGAUGUGGAGUUAAACUACCCAGAAAAUGAAAUAUCAGACCUAACUACUAACAGCUUUAAGCACUUCUAUGAUGGGUCUGAGAUUGUGGUGGCUGGGCGCUUUGUAGACAGCAACCAAAACCAUUUGUCUGUAGAUGUAAGAGGUGAAGGUGCUGACGACGCCCUGUUGUACACUACACAGCAAGAUGCUGAGCAAACAGCUCAGGCUUUCCAAGAACAGCAAUACAUCUUUGGAGAGUACAUUGAAAGGCUCUGGGCUUAUCUUACCAUUGAACAACUCUUGGAAAAACGCAUUACAGCUACAGGAGAAGAAAAGGAAAACCUUACAGCUCAAGCUCUGGCUCUCUCACUAAUGUACAAGUUUGUAACACCACUGACAUCCAUGGUGGUAACAAAACCAGAAGAAGAUGACAAUGAAGAGGGGAUUGCUGAUAAACCCACUGAAGCUGAAGGGAUGUUCACGAGUCUUUUGCAGGCUUCACCAGUAUAUCACACAUAUGCAUCACCACCCACAUGGUAUACUAGUGUUGAUGGAGAUCCACACUUCAUUAUAUCAGUGCCACAAAAAAAAGAUGCCAUUUGUUUCAAUAUCAAUGAAAACCCUGGCAUGAUCUUAAAUUUAAUAAAUGACCCAGUUACAGGCAUCACAGUCAAUGGAGAACUUAUUGGUGAUAAGAGAGCAAAUAGUGAUGCAAAGAUCCAAAACUCAUAUUUUGGAAAACUUGGUAUUGCAAAUAAGCACCUGGAUGUAAAGCUGACAGUAACUCCUGAGACGAUCACAAUUCAGAAUGGUGAUGAAAAAACAGGUUUCACCUGGCUGGACUCGGUCACCUUGCACCAAGCAGAUUUAACUUUGAUAAUUAACAGAAAAAAAAAUCUUGUGCUCUCAAUGGGCAGUGGUGUCUCAUUUGUUGUUGUUCUGCACCAAGUAUGGAAGAAACAUCCUCUCCACCAAGAUUUCCUAGGACUGUAUACAUUGAAAAGUGAUGAACUGUCUGAGCAGACCCAUGGAUUAUUAGGGCAGUUUUUCCGGCCCAUUGACUUCACCAUAAUUGAAAUUCAUCCUGGGUCUGAUCCCAAGAAACCAGAUGCCACAAUGAUUGUUAAAAACAAUGAACUGACAGUAACAAGGGGCUGGCAGAAGGAUUACAGGAGAGAUCCUAAACACGGGGUUGAUAUUCCUUGCUGGUUUGUCCAUGACAAUGGAGCUGGGCUGAUAGAUGGUGUUCACACAGAUUAUAUUGUUUCCAGUCUCUUUUAAGUGACUACAACUUCCUCCAAAUGCACAGGCAGACGAUAUUUGUCUUAAAGAGCAGUGUUUUCAACAUAUAAGAAUUAUUCAAAGCAUAUAGGCAUAGCAUUUAGCAAGGACAAGGUAUGAUGGAUUCUCAUAGAGAGUUUUACUGUGUAUUUGAUCCAAUCUGAAGUGCAAGAUCCUCAUCCUCUGAAGUGUCCUCCUUAUUAGUUUUAAAAUUCUGACUUUAGAUGCUACUUUGUAAAACAUAACAGAAACCCUCUACCCAAUUUUUAAUCAAUAAAUGAGUGUCAGGAGUGAUUAAA